AUGACUGAUCCGAUCUCUUCGUUCUGGAGUUCACUGUUCUACGUGUAUAUCGAGAGACCGAAUCUAAUCAAUAAGCGUUUGAUGGGCUGUCAUGUCCUUAACUGCUGGCAAAUCAAUCACUCGUUUGAGACAAUCUGUGAUUUAAUGCAUAAAUGUUCGCUCAAUGGACUGAAAGCUGCGCUAAAACAGUGCCAACAGUUGUGUGAUUUCCAAUUGUCUCAAAUCAGAUGUCUUGAGAGUCAGACUCUCAUCGUUAGGCAUCUUCUUAUUAAGCAAAGCCUUAAGACAUUGUCAUCAGAUUGUGAUACAAACGACUCGGAAGUGAUUGAUUUUGUGUUGAUUGAUAUACAGAACGCACGGGUAGUGUUCGUACCGAAAGUUGGCGACAGCCGACUCAUACCACAAUCCAGUCAUCAAUUCUCACUCAACGGAUCCCAAGAAAUAGACUUAACGUAUCUGUUUGGAAAUGAGGCCAACGUAUGGCUGAAUGAGAAAGUAUUGCCCAAAUUGUGUCAAUGGAUGCGUCAAGAACUGGAAGGCAACCAAACGAAAGGAUCGCUUCAAUUGAUUGGUGUCGACCACUACUGUCUCACAUACAACCGAUUGAAGCGUAAAUACGGCCAACAAUUGGUUGAAUUGUGGAACAAAUACGAGACAACGGAUCCGCUAAAGUUUGUGUUUGAAGACAUAGCGAUCGCAUCAUAUCUUAUCGUUCUGUGGGAACAACAAAACGAGGCCAGAGAUAAGAAAUGCAAACAAACAUUUGUGGACAUUGGAUGCGGAAAUGGUUUACUCGUCUAUCUGUUGACGAAUGAGGGCUACAAAGGGUUGGGAAUCGAUUUGAGGCGACGAAACAUUUGGGAUAAAUACGACCCGAAAGUGGAUUUAGUGGAGAGAGUGUUCACGCCGUCGGACGACACGUUCGGCUUUGAACACUACGAUUGGCUGAUUGGCAACCAUUCCGAUGAAUUGACGCCAUGGAUCCCAUACAUCGCCGCCAACGCUUCCCAUGCGAUGAACGCGUUUCUGCUUCCGUGCUGUCCGUUCGACUUCAAUGGAUCCAAAUAUCAAAGAACGUGUUCAGCAUUGAGUCAAUACAGUUGUUAUAUGCAAUAUUUGCAGACAGUAUGUCGUGAGUUGGGCUUUGAGCCAAAAGUAGAUAAACUCCGGAUUCCGUCCACAAAACGGAUUUGUAUUAUUUGUGACGAAAGGAAUUACGAUAAGAGUUUGCAAUCAAUGAUGAAAACUAAACGCAAAGAGUUUGUCAACGAAAAGCUUAAAGAUUUCAACGAAUAUAAGCCCAGAGAAAAGGUAGAAGUGGUCCGAAACUGCACUCGUCUUCCCAAAGAUAUCAUUCAAUCGAUUGUCACAAUCAUUGCAAACGAAUUACUCAACGGAAACGCGAAUCUAACGCUCGGUUCUAUACCGAGACUAUUGUCCGCCGAUAUGUUGUCACAUAUGAAGAGCCAAUGCGGAGGAAUACAGACUCUGCUCAGGAAUCAUAAGCAUAUUUUCAAUGUAAGCGAUGGUAUAAUUGGUUUCACUGAACCGAAGCCUAUCGAUGAGACAAUAGACACUACAGAUGCCAACACUAAGCACUUGAAGUCAAAGCAAUGUUGGUUUUUUCACAGCCAUCCCAACGGCUGUCCAUUAUCUGCCACACAAUGCCGUUAUAUUCACUAAACCACUGAUGCGUUCAACGAAGACAACGAAAAACUCGGUUUUUGUUACAGAUUUGUUGUUUUUGGAGACCCAGAGAGAAGGGGAGAGAGAGAGAGAGAGAAGCCCUGAGGCUAUAAGAGAGGAAAAAGUAAUGUCUUUAUAAACACAUACCUCAGCCAUACCUGACUUUCACCAAAAAAUAAACACCACUUCUCAUACCCGAGUAGUGACUCAUCUCAUGUUGUAAUCACUUGUAUUUUACUUAUUUGUUAGUUUUUUUCAGUACAAAACACAUCACUUUUUCAAAUUUUAGAUUACAAUCACUUUUUUGGGGGAAAAUAUUGUUGUUUUUAGAUUUCGAUACAGAUUUUGUAUUACAAUAAGUUAUGCCA